AUGGCGCUUUAUAUUUACUGUCGUAUUCUUGUUACCACCUUGCUUUUCAUGCAAGCUUUGGCAGAUACUUCAUGCAGAGAUUGUUUUAUUCAUUCUCGGGCAGCAUAUUACCCAAAUUCUGAAGAACAUGGGACAGAUGUAGGUGCAUGUGGUUUUGGUUCCUUUGGUGCUACAGUCAAUGGCGGGGACGUAUCAGCUGCAUCGAAUCUUUAUCGAAACGGUGUUGGCUGUGGCGCUUGUUACCAGGUGAGGUGUACCAACAGUGCCUAUUGCUCAGACAAGGGUGCAACCGUAGUUAUAACUGAUCAAGGUUCAAGUGAUAACACUGAUUUCAUUCUUAGCAAACGUGCCUUUGGUCGGAUGGCUCAGACCACUGAUGCAGCUGCUUCUCUAUUAGGCCUUGGCGUGGUUGAUAUUGAAUAUAGACGUGUUGCAUGCAGCUAUCCUUACAAAAACAUAACAUUCAAGAUAGAUGAGAGCAGCAACAACCCUUAUUACUUGGCUUUUGUCAUAUGGUAUCAACAAGGUAGCAGAGACAUAACUGCUGUGCAGCUCUGUGAGACUCAGAACUUUGUCUGCAAGUUACUGGACAGGAGUCAUGGGGCAGUCUGGACAUCUACCACUCCACCGAGUGGCCCAUUGUCUGUAAGGAUGUUGUUUAGUGAUGAAGAAAAUGAAGAAGAAACAUGGGUUGUUCCUGUUAAUAACAUACCCCAAAACUGGAAGGCUGGUGAAACAUACGACUCAGGGGUACAAGUGAACCUUUAG